AUGUCUAACUUUGCUACUGAUAAUUUACAAGAUUCAUUUCAACGUGCCAUGAACUUUUCCGGUUCUCCAGGUGCGGUCUCGACCUCACCAACUCAGUCAUUCAUGAAUACACUACCUCGUCGUGUAAGCAUCACAAAACAAUCAAAGGCCCUAAAACCUUUUUCUACCGGUGACAUGAAGAUUUUAUUGUUGGAGAAUGUCAAUUCAACUGCAAUUAAGAUUUUCAAAGACCAGGGUUAUCAAGUAGAAUUCCUAAAGUCUUCUCUGCCUGAGGACGAAUUGAUCGAAAAAAUCAAAGAUGUUCACGCGAUCGGUAUCAGAUCAAAAACUAGAUUAACUGAGAAAAUACUGCAGCAUGCCAGAAAUCUUGUUUGUGUUGGUUGUUUUUGCAUAGGUACCAACCAAGUUGAUUUGAAAUAUGCUGCUAGUAAAGGUAUUGCCGUAUUCAACUCACCUUUCUCCAAUUCGAGAUCCGUAGCGGAAUUGGUCAUUGCUGAAGUUAUCAGUUUGGCAAGACAAUUAGGUGAUAGAUCCAUUGAAUUGCAUACAGGAACAUGGAACAAAGUUGCUGCUAGAUGUUGGGAGGUAAGAGGGAAAACCCUUGGUAUCAUAGGUUAUGGUCACAUUGGUUCUCAACUGUCUGUUCUUGCAGAAGCUAUGGGAUUACAUGUGUUAUACUACGAUAUUGUAACAAUAAUGGCAUUGGGUACAGCUAGACAGGUUUCCACAUUAGAUGAAUUAUUGAACAAGUCUGACUUUGUGACAUUACAUGUACCAGCUACUCCUGAGACUGAAAAAAUGUUAUCUGCGCCCCAGUUUGCAGCAAUGAAAGAUGGUGCGUAUGUGAUCAACGCCUCAAGAGGUACUGUAGUAGAUAUUCCAUCUUUGAUCCAAGCUAUGAAAGCCAAUAAAAUUGCAGGAGCCGCCUUGGAUGUCUACCCACAUGAACCAGCUAAAAACGGUGAGGGUUCAUUCAACGAUGAGCUGAAUAACUGGACUUCCGAACUGGUUUCAUUACCAAAUAUCAUCUUGACACCUCACAUUGGUGGUUCUACCGAAGAAGCUCAAAGUGCCAUUGGUAUCGAAGUCGCAACAUCUUUGACUAAGUAUAUCAAUGAAGGAAACUCUGUGGGCGCUGUGAAUUUCCCAGAAGUCAGUUUGAAGUCUCUCGACUACGAUCAAGAGAACACAGUGCGUGUCUUAUAUAUUCAUCGUAACGUUCCUGGUGUUCUGAAGACAGUUAAUGAUAUCCUGUCCGAUCAUAACAUCGAAAAACAAUUUUCCGAUUCUCAUGGUGAAAUCGCCUAUUUAAUGGCAGAUAUCUCCUCGGUUAAUCAAAGUGAAAUCAAGGAUAUAUAUGAAAAGCUGAAUCAAACUUCUGCUAAAGUUUCUAUCAGGCUAUUGUACUGA